AUGAUGAAUCCUCCGCCGGCAAAGUCACCACAGCCACUCAUUUCCAUGCAAAGUAAUACCAUAGUAUCUCCAUCUGUACCAACACCCUUGCCCGCCAGCCCUUCAGGACAGCAAGCAACGUUAUCUCUCAAUCCUGCUCAAUCACCACCUACUCUUCCACCCAUACCGUUUGCACCUCUUGAAUCCGCGAAAGAAGUUGAGGUGCUAAAACCUACACCCUUGGCUACCUCCACUGCAGGUUCAAAAGCUUCAGUAGACGCAGCGAUCAUUGCUGGCGCCGAGACAAGAACUCCUGCCGUCUCGUCUUCACCUCCUCUGUCUGCCAUAACGAUUGCGAGUGCCGCAAUAGGCGGCGUUAUCAUCGUUACACUUAUCAUUGUGGUUUCGGUCAUUACCAUGCGUUGGCGAGCAGCAAAGAAAAAACAGGAACGCGAAAACCAAGAAAAUUCAGCCGGCAACGAAGAUAAUGGCAGCACACGCGGUUCAGUGAGCGAUAAAGCUGACGAUAGUGAUACUGGCGGCUCUUCAGGGCUACAAGUCACGGAAGGCAGUAGCCAAUCAAGCUCGGCAGGUCAUGGAUCACAGCCAACGAACAGAGGAAUGGUUGAAGUUGGAGGACCAGCUGACUUCGUAGCUAUGGCCAGGACCAGACAAGUUACAUCGCCAACGCAAUAUGGCGAAACUGGACUUAUUCCUAUGCAGAGAGAGAUCUCGACACCACAGCGGCCAAUCCGAGAACGAGAUGUGGAGAGAACGGCAGGGUUACCGAUCAUAAGUAAUGCCACCGAGAAUCCAUUCAAUCGACGGAUAUCGCUAUCGCCAUUCGACAGCCCAUUCGAUGACAUUAGAGACAACGAUGUGCUAGACUCACCCAUGAAAGUCUAUCGGAAUCAACGAGGAUCUGAAUGGAGCGUAGCGACACUCACAACGAACCAUGACGGUACCUUGCGAGCGAAUGAGCGAGGUCGAGGGAUGGAUGCACUCGAUCGGGAGGCAGAAAUGAUCAGAGGGAGGUUUCCGGGUGCAACAGGCCCGGAUCUUGGGCGAAUUUCGACUGAUGAUUCAAGGGUGAGAAAACCGCCGAUGACUGAAACAUACAAUGGAAUGAGAGUGCCCGUGGCUGGACUUGAGAGGAGGAUUAGCCGAAAUAGCUUGAGUACUGUGGACAGCGAUACGUACCAGAAGUUGAUGUACGAUGUCCAGAGUCAGCCAUUUUGA